CACAUCAUCGGCACUGAUCAGAAGUCAGCGUACGUGCUCCGCUUUUACCACUGAAAGUGAAGAGGAGCCUCCGACGAAAACCGAUUCAAAGUCAGCUUCAAUAAGUAACGAAACAUCUUCGGCUUGUGUUUGUUGUCACGAGAUGCCCCCCCUCCCUCUCUCCUCCUCCUCCCCCCACAAAAAAGGCCGAAAAGUAAACAGACAUCGCGGUGGAAGCUAGUUACGGUUGUUAGGGAUGAGCGGACACUGCCGCUGUAACGUUAGUUGCGCCGCUCCAUCAAACUUCGUCUUUUAGAAAGCUCUCAAGACGUCCAGCCAGGGAGGAGACGAAGGAAAGAUGGCGAUGGUGUGUUUCCGGCUACCGGGACACGGGGACAUGACCCUGAAGCACAUGAAUUCGCUGAGGUCCCGGCAGCAUUUCUGCGACAUCACCAUCGUGGCCAGCAACAACCAGAUAUUCAGGGGACACAAGGUGGUCCUGGCCGCCUGCUCCCCCUUCCUGAGGGACCAGUUCCUCCUCAACCCGUCACCCAAGCUACAGGUGUCCAUGCUGUAUAGCUCCACAGUGGUGUACGAUCUGCUCCAGUCCUGCUACACCGGAGUGCUGCGGUUCAACCCGGAGGAGAUCGUCAACUACCUGACGGCCGCCAGCUACUUUCAGAUGGAGCACAUAGUGGAGCGUUGCAGAGGAGCGCUGGAGAAGUACGUUCAGCUGAAGAGCCCCGAGCCGUCGAAGACUACUGCAGAGGGGGGCGAGACCAGACCAGUGAUCGUCAGUGGCAGCGUCCGUGCAGUCGCGUCGCCUCCCUCCCACAGCCCUGUGAUACGCUCGGUCGAGGAGAUCAACGGCAACUCGUCUGCUCAGGGAAGCAGCCAGCACCAAGAAGACAGUCUGGUGCUGGAUGAACCGUGCAUUAAGGUUCACGGAUCAGACGAGGACGACGAGGCCCGGCAGGAGGACUACGACGUGUUCAGAGUGUACAUCUCUGAAGAUGAGCAGAGUAACCGAGACAAAGAGGUGGAGAAGGGAGCCCCCUCCGAUGGACCUCAAGAUGCUUCAUACCCAGAGGCGGAAGGAGUCGUGAUCACAGGAGAGGGCGGUGAAUACGACUUGAAUCGAGCCGAAGAUCUCCGUUCUGGACACUCGCCCGAGUCUCUGCACGCUUUCAGGCGCCGACUGUCCGAAUCGAAAAUCGGCCGGGGCCGAGGGAAGGGCCGAGGCAGGGGGUUCAAGAGGAGAAGGUGGGUUUCCUCGCAGGAGAAAAGACCUUCCGCUAUUACUCACCACGAUUUGUGGUACCUUUCGUCUGCUGGACUGGGAGGGAAUUUUGGGCUGGACUACAGCCAAGAAGGGCUUAAGACAGCUGGAAGUUACGUUUCGGUCGAACUCCCGCAGUUUGACUUCAGCAUGGGCGACGCUCCGGGGGAGCGGUUGUCGCCGAUGGCAGCUAACAGUCUGAACCAGUUCUCCUUGGACGAGUCGAGCUGCGGCGCUGGCGAAGGGAGUUCAGGUUUGACGACUGUGGGGACGAACGAGGGCGGGGACGAGUCCGUCGCCGUGGUGGGGUCCACGUCCAGCGUCGCCGGCCCCGUGAUCUGCGAGCACUGCGGCAUGACUUUCCCUUCGGCCCACUCCCUGGCCAUCCACUCCCGCUCCACCCACCUGCUGUACGCCUGCCCGUGCUGCGGCAAACACUUCCAGCACGCCGCCAACCUCACCAGGCACAUGGCCGUGCACCGAGGGGCCGGCAAGACCCACCAGUGCCCGCUGUGCUACAAGACUUUCACCCAGAAAUCCACACUGAUAGACCACAUGAACCUCCACAGCGGCGAGCGGCCGCACCGGUGCGCGUACUGCCACGCCCGCUUCGCCCACAAGCCCGCCUUGCGGCGCCACCUGAAGGAGCAGCACGGUAAAACCACGGGGCAGAACUCCCUGCACGAGCAGGAGGAGAGGGAGCGGGAGAGAGGAGCGGCCGGAAGGAUACGAGAGGAGGACCAGGAAUGCCUGGUUACCGAACAAGCGAAUCAGUAAGGAAAUCGGGAAAGACGUUAAGGCUCCGCUGCAGUUACGUGCGGACGCGCUGCCUAGUGAUCAGUCUGUUGGAUCGCAGUCAUCGUGUGGAGAUUUUAAAAAAAGAAAAAGAAAACUGAUGCCUUCAGAUUCUCUCACUGCCAAAACAAAAAGGCCAUUUCACAUUUCAGCGUAGUGUGUAACGAACGACGAAUACGUUUAAAAUUGAGUGUGAUGUUCGACCUUUUUGAGCUCUAACGGUGAUUCGGUUUUAACAGUAGGACCUAAAAACCAAAGCAGACAGGUCACGUUUUGAUUAUUUACUCUUGUGCUUUUCCUGCUGCGUCAGGUGUCCUGAUUUAAUGUCUUUGAUAGCUUGACUUAUUAUGUAGUGCAUUCAUUACAUUUACUGACCACAAGAGAGUUUAGUGUAAAUAAAACCGUUGGAAAACGUC